GACUUGCUGUAACUUGCUGUAAUUUACAGUAACCCGCCAUUAACCUUUAUUUAUGGCUUAAAAAAGCUGUUACAGAAAACACAAUGCAAAUGAAAUUGGACUACAUUUAGAAAAGAAAAGAAAGUCAAGAAAAGACUGUUAAGUCAGUUUAGUUACUGUAACUAAAUAAAAGUGAGAACUUUAGAACAAUUUAAUUGAAUAAAGGUUAAAAACAUAAUCAUGUGGUGUAAAGUCACUUACUGUGUUUAGAACAAUAGCAAUAUUACAGAUUUCAUUAACACAGUACACUGCGUACACUGUGGGACAGAACACACUCCUGACUUUCUGUUAAUAAACACUAAAGCUAGUGCUGUUGUGUAUUAGACUGCAAAAAGUGUUUAUUUUCAGAAAUAUAAUUGAAUUCAGGUUUAAUAUGGAACAGACUUCUGUAAAAUAAAAUAAAAAAAUGUAAGUUACUCAGAGCUGAAAUUAAAUUAUCCAACAUCUCUAUCUGCAGUAAACAUCAACAUUCUGUGUGUGGAUAUUAAAGGCAAUGCUUACUGUAACUUAUCUUAGUUUCAUUUUCACCUGAUAAGAAGCUCCACAGAAAGACCCGACAGUAGAGAUAGAUCUUCUGUAUUGUGCGUGUGUGAAGUUUUCCACAGUGAAAAGUGCUGAAUUACAAUAAUGUCAGAAUCAAUGGAGUUCAUCACAGUGGCAUUAUUGAACAAUCCAGAACCAGUGUUUAUAUGUGUUAAAAAAUACAAUGAGGAAUUCACACAAGAUAUAAUAAAUGGAGAUGUCUUCAUUGUGGAAGAAUCUAAAAACUCCCACAAAGCUGGAGUCUACUUAGAUGAACAGAUCAUUCAGCUGAAAAUGGGAGGAUUGUUCAGCAGUACAGAAGUAAUCAGGGUAAAUGUGAAAAGCUUUACUGGAGAGGAGAAAUUUGCAGUUUAUAGGAAGAGGGAGGGAAUCCCACAGUCAUUCCAAGAAAAUGUUGCUGAAGCACUGAGCGGAAAUACAGAAAACAAAUUUUCACAAUACAACAGUGUUGAGGUUGUCAUGGAGAUUCUUGAUGUUCAUUUGGAGCCAACUGUAUCAGACUGUAUGAAGAUUGCCAAUUGGUCUAAACCAAAGGGCUUCAAAGUUGUCAAAAAAUUCUCGGAUGAAUACAAUGGAAAUGCUAAAGUAGGAGACCUGUUUCUUGUGCAAAGUGGAAGAUUUGGAUAUAGAUACUACCAUGCUGGAGUGUGCUGCAGUGAAAAAGGACCAGAGAUUAUUCAAUUCAUGGCAAAUAGUAGUGGAUCAUUUUCAAACUUCAGCUCAGGGGCUUCUGUGUCCAGUUCCAGUUCCAUUCCCUGCCCAGGUCUUGUGAACAAAGUGUACAUUAAUGGGUUCUCCUCAGGCAGCAAAUAUGCAAUUUAUAGGCUGAAGAUGGGAAUCUCAGACUCUUUCCAAGACAGAGUUGAUGAAGCAAUGAGCAAAAUGAAUAAAUACAAGCUUUUAAGCUACAACUGUAUUCAUUUUGCUUUGGAACUUAUUUAUGGAAAAGAACUGGAGAAGAAAGAAAAUGAUGCUGAAAACUUGAUUGAACAGUUUUUUGGAUAAGAGCUGAUUUGAGUGAGUGCAGCUCUUUGUUCGUGGAGACGUUCCUGUUGGACACACUGAUGAGCCGAGAGUCUGCUAAAGGAGGAUUUACUUUUUAUUUCAAUUCAUUUCCACACAAAUGAUCAUUAAAUCAGAUUUACAUCCUUAAAAUCAGCUUUGCUUUUAGAUUGUUAGUUUCAUUUCUAUAGAUAAAAAAAUCAGAGCUGCUUUUUUAAAAUUAUAUUUAAAAUCAGUUUAAUUAUUGAUUGUCUUCUUGUUUAAUUCUUAGCAUUUUAAACUGAGACGUGGGUUUAUGAUGAUGUUACUUUUAUUUUAUCAUGAUUUGAGUUUAUUUUGAACAUUUAUACAUUUAAGCAUUUCAUAAUCAUUUUACUUUUUAUUAUUGAUAAUCUUCUCAUUUAUAAAUUAGUGUUUUUUUGAUCUAUGAUUUUUAUGUUAAAUUUCAACAUGUCAGUGUGGAGCAUGAAUGUGUGAAGUGCAAAUGUAAAAAACAC